CAGUCAGCAGGAGCCUGGAUCUGUCCCUUCCAUCUGGAUUCUUAGACAUCCUUGAGUGAGGCUACUUUCUUCAGAAUGAUUCCCUGCAGAGCCGUCCUGUCAUUUGCCCGAUGUCUGAUCCGGAGAAAAAUCGUCACUCUGGACAGUCUAGAAGAUUCCAAAUUAUGCCGCUGUUUAUCCACCAUGGACCUCAUCGCCCUGGGGGUUGGCAGCACUCUUGGGGCUGGGGUUUACGUCCUGGCCGGGGAGGUGGCCAAGGCAGAUUCCGGCCCCAGUAUCGUGGUGUCCUUCCUCAUUGCUGCCCUCGCUUCCGUGAUGGCCGGCCUUUGCUAUGCUGAAUUUGGGGCCCGAGUUCCCAAGACCGGGUCUGCGUAUUUAUACACGUAUGUCACUGUUGGAGAGCUGUGGGCAUUCAUCACUGGCUGGAAUCUCAUUUUAUCUUAUGUGAUAGGCACGUCAAGUGUUGCAAGAGCAUGGAGUGGCACCUUUGAUGAACUUCUUAGCAAACAGAUUGGCCAGUUUUUCAGGACAUACUUCAAAAUGAAUUAUACUGGCCUCGCGGAGUAUCCUGACUUUUUUGCUGUGUGCCUUAUACUACUUCUGGCAGGUCUUUUAUCUUUUGGAGUGAAAGAAUCCGCUUGGGUGAAUAAGAUCUUCACAGCUGUCAACAUCCUGGUCCUUCUCUUUGUUAUGGUUGCUGGGUUUGUGAAAGGAAAUGUGGCAAACUGGAAGAUUAGCGAAGAGUUCCUCAAAAAUAUAUCUGCAAGUGCCAGAGAGCUGCCUUCUGCAAACGGAACGAGUGUCUACGGGGCUGGGGGCUUCAUGCCGUACGGCUUUGCGGGGACUUUGGCCGGGGCUGCCACCUGCUUCUAUGCCUUCGUGGGAUUUGACUGCAUUGCAACCACUGGUGAAGAAGUCCGGAAUCCUCAGAAGGCGAUUCCUAUUGGAAUUGUGACUUCUUUGCUUGUUUGCUUUAUGGCCUAUUUUGGGGUCUCUGCAGCUUUGACACUUAUGAUGCCAUACUACCUCCUCGAUGAAAAAAGCCCUCUUCCGGUAGCAUUCGAAUAUGUUGGAUGGGGGCCUGCCAAGUACGUUGUUGCUGCGGGCUCCCUCUGCGCUUUGUCCACAAGUUCAUGGAUCCAUUUUCCCAAUGCCGCGUGUAAUCUAUGCUAUGGCGGAGGAUGGGUUGCUUUUCAAAUGUCUAGCUCAAAUCAAUUCCAAAACGAAGACACCACUAAUUGCUACUUUAUCAUCGGGUGCGGUGGCAGUCUUCUGGGCUCUAUGUUUCCUUUACCCCGAAUUCUAUUUGCCAUGGCCCGAGACGGUUUACUGUUUAGAUUUCUUGGCAGAGUGAGUAAGAGGCAGUCACCGGUUGCUGCCACGUUGACGGCAGGGGUCAUUUCUGCUGUGAUGGCAUUUCUUUUUGACCUGAAGGCGCUUGUGGACAUGAUGUCCAUUGGCACGCUCCUGGCCUACUCUCUGGUGGCAGCGUGUGUUCUCAUCCUCAGGUACCAGCCCGGCUUAUCUUACGAGCAGCCCAAGUGCUGUCCUGAGAAAGAGGCUCUGGGACCGUGUGCCAAUGCCGCUUCGAAAAGCGAGUCCCAGAUCACCAUGCUGCAGGGACAGGGCUUCAGCCUGCGGAUCCUCGUCAGCCCCUCGGCCCUGCCUACACAACAGUCCUCUUCUCUCGUGAGCUUUCUGGUGGGAUUCCUCGCCUUUCUGGUUCUGGGCCUGAGCGUCCUGACCACGUACGGGGUCCACGCCAUCGCCCGGCUGGAGGCCUGGAGUCUCGCUCUGCUUGUGCUCUUCCUCGGUCUCUGCGCCCUCGUCGUGCUCACCAUUUGGAGGCAGCCCCAGAACCAGCAGAAAGUGGCCUUCAUGGUUCCAUUCCUACCAUUUCUGCCGGCCUUCAGCAUCCUGGUGAACAUUUACUUGAUGGUCCAGUUGAGCGCAGACACGUGGGUCCGGUUUAGCAUCUGGAUGGCGCUUGGUUUCCUGAUCUACUUCGCUUAUGGCAUUAGACACAGCCUGGAAGGCAAUCCGAAGGGUGGAGAAGAUGAAGAAGAGACUUACUCAGAUAGCAUUCAUGCAGCCGCAGAAGAAAAAUCUGCCAUUCAAGCCAAUGACCAUCACCAAAGAAACCUGAGUUUGCCUUUCAUAUUCCACGAAAAGACGAGCGAAUGCUAACGCUUGCAGGCGCCGAGCUGGUCCACAGUCCUGACGUACCUGUCCUCCGUGGAGUAAACCGUGACAGUGUCAGCAUCGUGCUGGGUUGCCGUGGGUUUGCUGCAAACAUAGUUCCUUCACCCUAACUUAUACUUACCUGGCCAGCACCUCCUCAGAUGGUGAAUUAUGUACCUGGGGGGACCUCCCAAGCUCUCCCUCAGCGGUGAAUACCCCCCAAAUAGUGGGUGAGUGUGGGUGUGUGGGUGUGUGUGUGUGUAGCGGGGUCUAUCUAUGACUGUUGAAAGUGGGUUGUGUUUUACCACUACCCCAUUACAUUUUUCUGGUGUUGUCAUUAAUUGGUGGCUUGUAGCACAUACUUUAAUGGAGGCAAUCCCUGAACAGAAAAGUGUUUCGUAUGUGCCUGCUGCAUUUGGGGACAUAUCUGUUGCUUUUCUCUACUAGGUUUCACUAAUGUCAAUUAGAACAUGCUGAAAAUGUAGUUACCCAUCUUGGUGUCUGCCAUUGGUCAGGAGCAAGAGCGGGGGAUAACAAAUGAGCCUUUUCUGUGACUUAUGACUGCCAGGGUUUAGCACAGACUUUUUGUCUACAAAGUAUGGGAGUUUUCCCAAACGUCAUCCACCACAGGGGUUUGUAUCUGCCACAUACCACACAGGGCGAGAGUGGCGUUCCAUGUCACCCGAUGGGACCCUUUCAACCGCCGUCUUUUUUAAGAGAUGUGCUCCUUAUAUAUGAAGACUUAACCCGCUGUGAGUGCUGUGUGCCCCUCAGUCCAGUCAGGGCUACAGAGCAGUAUGUGGGACCUACGUGGGCCCUUUAUGCUAGAAAGUGAAGCUGGUCCCUGUGGCCAGAAAGCUCGAGUAAGUGGCAGUGACAAGGGUAUAUUUGAAAAUCAGAGUUAGACCUAAGCUUGGAAAAGUCGACACUAAACAUCCUUGUCUUUAAAGUCACUUAAAAUAAGCCAGUAGAAUCUUCUAGAUCAGACAGUUGGAAUGAUUCACACUUUUUUCCAUUACUUAAUAAACUAAUCAUAGUUUAGUUUUUUUUUUUUUUUAAAUCUCCUCAGGUACAGAUUUCACUCCUUUGUUUCUGUUAUUUUGUCUUUUGCCCUAGAUAUGAGGGGCUAUAGUAGCAAAGUAUGUCUAUUACAUGCCAAAGAGGAGAACUGAAGGGACAUGGGAAGAAAAAAUUCCCCUGUUCUGAGUUUAAAGUGCCUAUUCAGAUAUUAAAUUUCAUUUGACCCAGUUUGAAGGGUUUGGAUCUAAUUUGCCUUUGAUGUUUCUUUUGGAAACAUUCAGGAAUGUUUCUUCUUCUCCCAAUCCCAUAAAUUGUUUGGCACUUUUUAUCUCAUUUAUUUUUAAUUGACCACACUAAAUCUAUUAAUAAGAACUCUAGUAUUCUAUAAUAACCCAGCAGUGAUUGGGGAAUAAAAUAUUUUGGUUAAGUACAUGAUCAUUUAAAACCUCCAGCCUCCAAAAAAUGUAACCCAAUUGAAUUAAAGCUAUAUAAACACAGUAACCUUUAUAUAAGUAAAUGAUUUGUUUUUACAUGUUAGAUUCUCUACUUACUAUAUUUUACUUCAGAGGAUUCUCUCAUAGUGGACUAUUUCUCUGCAGUGUGCAUUGCUUCUCAUGAAUUGUUUUUCUUGCAAAUAAUUACAUGGUUUACUAGCUGAGGCUAGAGGCUAACAUGUGUAUGUAUGUUACAUACAUGGGUUACAUUCCCAGGAUGUACGUUGUCAGGCACGCCAGUUGACCAGCUUAAUCGAAAGGCAAGGAAAACAUUUGUUUUCUGACAGCACUUCCAAGAGAUCAGUUAUUUCACUGAUGCCAUUGAAAAGCAAGUUGUGAUUGUUCUGUCAAACCAAGAGCUUAUUGUGAUUACAUGUCCGGGAGCCAGGUCGAGCACCUGGGUUCCUGGCUGCUAGUGUUGCAGCAUCCCUGACCUGGAACUCAGUACUGACAUUCCACAGUUUCCAGGGUGCACAUGGUAAGAUCUGAAGCCCGGAAUUCUCUUUCAAGCAUGUUUCCCUAGAGAGGAAGAGUUGGAUAUGCAAGGGGUAAAAUAUUUUUGUUAGGACCUUAGGUAUGAUCACAAGUCCUUGCUGUGAGAGUAGCACACUGAGCACCCCUUUUUAUUCUAGAAUCAAUCUAGAAUAGGCCCUUAACACAGGGAACAUAAGGAAUUUCGUAUACAAAUGUUUAGGUAUUUUACUGUAACAAAAUCAAGAAAUUUAUUUAGAAUGUGAUAGGCAGCUAAAACUAUUAUGCCCACUGUGUUCAAUUAGGAGCAGAAUUUAGUUAAACAUUAUUUUUCCACAUUAGAACACUUGGCAAACAUAAAUAUCUAUGAAAAGAUGCUUUGUCAGUGACUGCUUUUUUUCUGUGAAGACUCAAAUAUGUGCUAUAUCCCUGUAUGAGUGUGUGUAUAUAUAUGUAUAUGUCUGUGUAUUUCAAAAAGUGUAUAAGUCGGUUGGGUUUAUGAUGGGCUUUGGAAACAAUACCAUUAUAUGGAUUUAAAGAAAACCCAAUUGAUGUGGAGAAAAAAUAAUGUUUUAUAUAGAUAGGUAUGCAUAUACAAAAUUUUUAGGUUUUAAACUAUUUUGCAAUAUACAGCAAUUUUAUAUGUAUGGUAUUUUCUAUAGAUUCUUUAAGAAAGAUAUAUUUAUAAUAUAAUAUGGAAUCACUAAACUCUAGUACAUUUUAACAGGUGCUUUAUAAUCUGAGAUGGAGCAGGGGAAGGAGGUGUUAGGGAAUUUCUGUUUACUUGUUUCUGGGGUGCCUUUCCGGACUCUCUGUCUCGCUGUGUUUAUUAGUAAAAGCCGUACUACUGGCUCCUUUACCAGCCACCCCCUCCUACAUCUACAUUCGUAUUAAGAACAAAAUCCUGCUUUUACUUUCUUAGGAUUACCAAAAUGUUUUGUUUAGAUUUGACUGGUAAUCAGUCACACUCACAUAAACUCCUCUCCACGAAUGAAAAAAUACAUACCCCGUAUUCUCUUAGUCAUGACUGAGUGAAUACAGUUUAAAUUACUUUUCUUUCCUCCACCGGGAAAUACACUGUCUUAACAUUUUCAGUGAGAAACUUAUAAUAGCAUCAUUAUUUAUGCCCUUGAAAAAAAGGGGAAAGAUGACUUAUGAGUAACCAUAUGAAGGCAGUGCCUACUCUCUAGUUGUAGCUAUACAAAUUCAAAUUUAAAACAACUUAUGAGAAAACUUGUAUUAGAACUUUUGAUAAAUACCGAGAUACAGGUAGAUGAUUGCUACCCACAUUUUCCCCAGAGAUAAACAUCAAGAAAACCUCCUAAGACCAAAACCAUCCUCUGGGGUAUAUACUUUAGAGAAAAAAACGAACUUCACUGUUUCCAUCCAUAGUUAAUAGAAAAUAUCUGUUUCAGAAUUAUUUUCCUUUAAAAUACAAAAGGCUCUCUUUUAAUAUAAUGAAUAAAGGAUUUUUUUUAACUUUUUUUUAAAUUACCAAUGUAUGUGCUGAGUCCUGGCAGUUGUUAACCAUAUUUUGAAUCAGGCUAUAUUUACUGAGUUAUUUUCUAAACUAAUGUGAAUGCUUAGCAGGGAGAGCAAGGCAAGUUUCUGCCCCGCGGUCCUGAUAAUGCCACACGAACAGAUUAGUCUUCUUUCUCCGUGACGUUGUGCCAAGAUUCCCGCUCUCCCUCGUGACACCGCUGCCUGAUUGUCUCCUGAUGUGCUCCGCGGUUAACACCCAAACUACAGUCCGCCCGGCAUUUUAAAGGACUGGGUUUAGAAUGUACAUCAUGGAGUCUUAAAAUUCACAUGAUCAGCGUGAAUUUGGGGGUAGGGAGAGAGGGGAUUAAGUUGUUUUUUUCUUUUUGCUACUGCCAAAAUAGUGCCUUCUCUGUACAUUUCCUACUUACGUUCUCUGACAUGUCCUAAAAUAUCAAGGGGAAAAGUACCAAAGUUCAAGUAGCAAAUAAUGCCAGCACAGUCCUGUAGAUGUGCAAAUAAGGUUGCUUAACUUUGUGGUUUAGCUGCGAUUAUUUUUUUCUCUUUGUAUAAUUAUAUUUAAACAUUUUUAAAUGGAUUUCUGGUUUCUGGAUUUUGAGAGGCCUGCUCUGUUUUUGUGGUUGUUGGUUGUUGUAACAUUCAAUAUUGUUUAUAUGUACACAGUUUAGUCUUACUGAUUUCAAACGUGUCUUGUGCUGGCUCGGCCCACGCGGCAGCCCUGUCGGCGGCGAGUAAUAAAUAUCCUUCGCUUUUCUUCGCCCUGGCCGAAGCCACCGCUGUAAUCUGGCCCGAAAGGCCCCUCGCUGACCACUGGUGCCCCGCGGGGGUCAUGACCAGGGGCCCGGGCUGGUUCUAGGGUCAGGCAGCCUGCCAAGUGUAAGCGUCUAGAGCUAGCCUAGAGCUAGCCUUGUCGGGUGGGGUCUUGGGAUGCUAGGCUGGGAUGCAAAGUGAAAGACCUGUCACAUGCCCGUGAGGAGGGUGGGGUCCGAAUAUCCCACGGACACAUCGAGGUAAAUGGUAAGGACUCAAGGAAAGGACGGCUGCUUCCUGGAACUGGUCCCACAGGGUUGGGCCACUGCAGUCCACGCCCGGGCACUGACAGCCUUGAGGUGGGAAGUGCACGGGCCCGGGCUCAGCUGGCGUCGCCAACAGGGCGGGGCCACUGGCCAGGCCUGGUGAAGGGGCAUUUCCUCAUUGGUGUCCGCCACAGCCACCCCCGUGCUCUACUGCUCUGUUUUGUCGUCAUUGUACUUAACAGGAACUAUUGAUAGGACCCAGACCUACAGAAACUCUGUGUCUGUAAAACACCAACAGAUGCAUUGCCCUUGUCUGAAUGUAAAGAUUUUCUGUUUAGUAGAUAAUUUCAAAUUUAAAUGUUUUAAAUGAUAAUCAGAGCUCCUUUUUACUUAUAAUGUUGGAUUAUGUUUUAGAAGUGUAAUAAAUAAAGACUAUUGCUACUUUGCCACUGUAAAAUAUGCUUUCUAAUGUGACCAUGUGCUUUUUAAAUAAAUUGUAAUAUGACUUACGAUAA